AUGAGUGAUUCCCUUUCUGUCGAGGAAGUUCACGAUGUAGAACUUUCAAAUUCCUUACGACGACUUGACAAUACUCAACUGGAUGGCACUUUUCAAGGCCUCAGUAGCGAACAGAUCCCUCGUGUCUUACUUGCCAUUAGGAGCAUGAAUGACGAACAAGGUCAGAGAAUCUUUCAGAGGCUUGAUCACUCAAACGAUAACCGCGUGCAGAACUUUGGAGGAGUCAUGAUCUGGGGUACGGAUAUCAGGUCCAGCCCCAGACAACCAGACCAUGGGAGACCGGACCAUCCUACGUUCUGCGACAAGUUCCCUCACAAGACAAAUACCGAAAGGUUCGUUUGUGACUGCGGCUGGCAUGACUGCGAUAAAGCGGUGGAUAAAAUAAACCUCAGCUACUCCUUCCUGAUGGAGCAGAACGGUGUCCUCUGGUCGCAUGUUGAGGGUGGACCGAAUCAGUUCAUGUGUCGCGCAUGCGUAAACGGAAAUCCUGGAAGUUUCAAUACGUAUGAUUUGGAUGGUUUCUGUUCUCACAUUUCUAACAAACAUGUUGUCGAUUCCUACACAAUGGAUGAUUCUAUCAAUAGUUCGUAUGGGCAGUACUUGGGCAAGCGAUAG